GCAGCUGUUGGCCACUGGGGAAGAUUCUUGCAGGUAGCAGCACCUGUUGAUGAACAGCUCCAAGAGGGCUUAGCUGUGCCAGGAUCUCACCUGAAAAGGAAGCAUAAGAUAGAGCUGCCAUUAUGGGAAACUCUUUCUCUUUGGAAAUGGAGCCAGAAGACCAAGAACCUGUUCAUGGAACAACAUAUUCCCCAGUUUCUUCAGAACCUCCUGAUAGCCUAAAAAAUGGAUCUGUUACGAUCCAGCCUGUACAGACUGAUGUCUUAGCAAAUGGCAACACAGUGGAUGCAAAAGUGACUGUUCUCCAGGAUAAUGCGGCUAUUUCUUCCCAGAAGACAAUGGAGAUCAGCACCGUCUCUGAGGGCAAUGAAAAUAAUCUUGGGAAGGAGGCCAAGGCUCCGCCGCCAGCUGCCAAAUCUCGUUUUAGCUUUUCAUUUUCACGGCCCGUACCAGGACGUAAUGUAGUGGAGGCGACAAAUUCAUCCGUUGGACCAACUAAACUUGAUGUCAGCUCAGAAGUCCUCAGUGAAAACAAAGCAUCAAGUGAGAACCCAGGCCUUCCUGCUGCAGCUGUGGCAGAGGAAGCUUCAAAUAAAAACCUAAAUGAGACAUCACUCAGUGAAAUUGAACUCACAGAACCGGACAAGAGAGAGGAUGAUACUGUUCCCAAGCCCAAAGAGAUAAGCUUUUUUGAGCGUAUCUUCAAAUUGGAAAAGGGGAAAGAAAAGAAGAAAGCCCAAGAAGAAAUCCAAAAGGAGGAUGAAGUAGACAAUCCAGGCGUACUCAUCACAGCACAAGAGACAUCCGGAUUACAAAGCACCCCAGAUAAUAUUCUUCAAGGAACGGACGUGACAGAUGACAGCAACCAAAAGGCUCAGCAGCAGGGGUCAACGGAUGUCAAUUGCUUGGCCUCUGUGGAUCUUGCCCAAGAGGAGGUAAAACCAGACAACGUGAAGACAGCCAACGGGGCAGACUCCAGCAAUCCCGUCAUGAGUUAUUUUAACAAAUUGGUUUCUCAAAGAAAAACAGGUUCCAAGGCUGACUCUGAGGAUAAGGGUUCCCAAACAUGUCCCGGUGGGCAGGUUCCUGAGAAGAAAGCAGCUGACUCCCCUAAGAAAAGUCCGAAGAAAAAGAAGCCAGAAAGUCCCAGAUUAGGACACAACACAUUUAGCAAACUGUUUAGGCAUAAGGUAAAGAAAGAUGCCCAACAGACAGAAGAUACCAAAAUUACUGAGCAACCUGCAACCACCACACCUAUCGUGAAAACAGAAAUAAACAUUCCUCCACCACAGGAAAAUUUAGCAGCAAAGCAGAACAUAAAAGCCCCUGAACCUCCAGUUCAGCAACAAGCAACAGCAACAGUGGUGAUCACUAACGAGGCUCCAAAAGAGGUGACAAAAGAGAGGUCUCAAUCAACACCCACACCCUUAAGUAAAUUCUUUCGGAAAAAGACACCAACAGAUGACAUUGAGGUGAUAAACACAGAAAAAAUUGAAGCAUCUCCUGUAGUCCCAGCUAAAGAGGAAAACAGAAGUCAGGAAGCUGCAGAAACAAAGUCCAAAGGAGAAGAGAAGACUCCCAAAACAAAUUUGAGGAAAUUCUUCAAAUUGUCAAUCAAAAGUGAUGCAAAGGUAGUUCCUUCAGAAGAGGUAAAUGAGCAAGCACCUGAUCGCCAAACCUUAGACUUCACAGACAGGUCCUUGACUCAGGCUGAGAACAGAGAACCCGUCCUGGACGAGAGAAGCCAAGCAAGUUCAACAGAGACCCUGAGUAAGCAGGAAGGCGACAAGCAGGAAGUCAAAGACCUGCAAGAUGUUGUGGAACAAGAAACAGUGGAGACAGCCUCCUUUCAAAAUGGAGGGGAUACUGCAAAGGAAAACACCCCUAAGAGGAUAGAGAAGAGACAGUCCUUCGGAGGGUUUUUUAAGGGUCUUAGCCCCAAACGGAUGUCUGAUGCACAAGUACAAACAGAUCCAGUGUCUAUUGUGCCCUUUGUGAAACCGAAGUAAUGAAUAUGCUGAAGUAGCUUAAGAAUCAUUGGAUCAUCAUCAUUUGUCUCCUUGCAGUUCAAAAAAAUGACUUGUUUUGGAUCAUGUCUUGCUCCUACCCACCCAUCUGCCCAUCCUCCUACUUCCAAUUGCUAUUUCCAGAUAAGCAAAACAAGUGGCAUGCCUGAAGCAAAGAAUUAUGAACAUUUUAAAUAUUUUUAAUGUAAAGGUUAGCCCAUAACUAACAGCAAGUCAGAAAGGCAUAAUGGGUAGGCUAUUAAAACAGAAGAUAAGGUGGUUAGUAUGCUAUUGGAUAGCUUAUAGGUUGGUGGAAAAAACAUAAGAUUAUACUCUAAGGGGUGAGGAGAUGAAUCAACUGUGUCCCCUAAAUCCUUCUGAUAUGAAAUCCCUGCCCUAUGUUUCUUAAAAUGCCACUAGAUUAGAGAGAAGCUGAAGUAGGUUUGUAUAUACCUUUGACUGAGAUUGGUAUGGUAUUGUCAAUUUUAGGUUCAGUUUGGAAAAGAAACAAAACUUGGCAAUGCUACUUUUUUUAGAUCACUAAGUCUGUAUCUUACAUGCCAUCUCAGCUUGUAUUAAACCAACUUUUCUUGCUAUGCCUGAACCAGGAAACUCCAACAAAGUUCAGUGUCAAUUAUCAAGACUGAAUAUACACUUGAUUAAACUCUCAUUUAAUGCAUGCUUGAAAUGAAAAACCAAGAUUGCACACAAGCGGAGGAGAGACUGAAGUGAUGAGGAACAGCCCUGCUUUGAUAGUCCCAAAGUUUAUAACUUUCAUAGUCCCAAAAUUUAUAAAGACAAAAGCAAUUGUCCAAAACUGGACAAUUUGUAUAGAGGUUGUUGGAAAGCAGAGAGAUUGACCAAGCAGCCUUAAUCAUGGUUUAUUCAUCUGACUUCUGCAAACUAUGGUUUGCAAUCAGAAUUCAUGCCUUGUUUGCUUGCUGACUCUUAAUUAUAGCUCAUUCAAAUAUAGGGCAUAAUGAUAGUUGAAGAAAAGCAUGUAUUGUGUUAGAAAAGCUGAUGUGGGGAGCCAUUCUAAUCACUAAGAAAGCACUCUAAGGCUAAAAUCCUAAAAGAGACAGACACUUAGAGGUAUGAUGGAUUGAACACAGUAGGAUUAAGCAAACAUAUCUAGAAUUUCAUUUCACUUCAGAAUACAAAUGGGAGAAGGUUAAAUAUAACUAUGGUUAGAUGCAUAUGUUGAGAAGGAUUUUCUUUGUAGGAAAACAUGAUGUAAGUGUAAAAUAACAAGGAUAAAGCUUUAAAACAACCAUAGAAAUGCCUUUUUAAUAACCUGGACAUUGAUUUUUUUUUAAAGAUUCAUUGUUCAUGGUUAUAAGUACAAAGGAAAUUGAAUCAUAAACCUUCAAGAGUAUUCUUCAAGUUGAUUUUCAAGUUAUUAAUAUUAUUGAAAAGUCUGAACUGUACAGAUUAAUUCUUAUCUAGUUCUGCCUUGAUGUGAUAAAAUCAAGGAAAUUAGCUUUAUAAAAAGAAAAAAAAUUAAAGUAUUAACAAGAAUGCAACACAAGGGGGCAGACCUGAAGCUCUUUAUAUCACAGUACUAACUAUUUACUUUUGUGUUAAUUUCAUUUCAGACAUAAAUAAUGAAUGCAAUGGGAUUUACUUAAGGCCAGAUAUGCAUAGGGUUGCAUUGUAUGGAGAGGGAAAACUUUAAUUUUUCAGAAAUCUUUUGUUUUUGUUAAUGUCUAUAUCCAAACCUAAUCUCUUGUUUUAAAAGCACCAGAUUGUAAGACUGGACACCCUUUUGCCUGAUUUAUAAAGGACAUGUGAUCAAGUUUAAAAAUAUUUGUCUGAAAUCCUGAUACGUACAUUACUGUAAAAGUAAAUAAAAAUACAACUAAUAUUAUAAUUUAAACUAGCACCUGAAUUCUACAUAAUUGUAUAUUUUGAUUUCCUUCUGAUUCAAUAAACAGUCCUUAAGAAAACUCA